UUGGUAGCUCGUCUUGCUGGGAUUGCAUACUCGCUUUGCCUCACUGUCCUUGGCUCGUUCUCCUCUGUACCAACAUGCUUUCUCGUUGCAGCAUGUGUAUGGCACUCUAUGGAGGAUGGAUUGGGCUACCUUCUUGCUGUUCGUGACGAUGGGCUUGUUUAUCUAACUAGUGAAGACAGCUCUGUUUCGGGUGACCCAUGCGCCUCUUCCCUUUUAUGCGGGGCUUUCGGCCCUCACCCUUGCUCCUCUACCUCCUCUUGUUGGUACUUGGCUCGGUGGAACUUUUGGCCCGGCCAGGCUUCCGUACCGGUGUCCUUAUCGGGUUCAGGUUAUCUGAGGAAAAUCCCUUCUCUUCAUAGAAAGAAGAUAGUGAAGUCCUUCCCUUGGGACUGCUACCUCGGGGACACUAAGACUGCAACUAAAGGCUCGGCCUCGGCUUACCUUUAUUCUUAUUCUGUAACUUCACUGUCCUACGGGUUAAGACUCUCGUUCGUGACCCUAUUAGUGAGCCAACAAAACAAGCAAGGGCCUUAG